CAACCAUGCGGUGGUACCAUCAUAACAGGCCAAUUCCGGGACGGAUUAGUGGAUCCUGAAAUGAAUUGCUACACUUUCAAAGUCCAAAGUGCUAAAGGCGAACUUAGGGAUAUUACAAAAGACCUGCACGUUAAAUUUGUUAAAGAUGGAACAGAACCUUUCAAUACUAAGAUUAAUGAUCUCAAUCUCGACUGCG